AUGGCGGAAAACCCUAGUCCAGAUGAGCGGGUGGUCAUUGAUGACCUGACCCCCGAGGAGGCCAAUCGAAUCAUACAUUCCCAUCGCAAGGUGCGCUACGGUACCGCCUGUUGGCCCUGUCGCCAGCGCAAAGUCAAGUGCGACAACAAACAACCGUGUGAGAAUUGCGUCAAGAGAGAGCAUCCUCGGCUAUGUUCUUAUAAGCCCAAUCGCUCAUCAACUUCCAAGCCCACCGCAUCAGGUGCUGCUUCAGAAUCCAGCCAAACUGUUGUCAAUCGCAAAAGGACACAUUCAUUCUCAGAAGUUCCCCGUGAAGAAGCCAUUCGCAAGGUCGAGCGUCAGGAAAGUUGGCCGCGCGCCCUUGCAAGCAUUGAUGAGCCAGAAGUGGGAGCGGAUCGCUAUCUCGGGCAGAACAGUAUUCCUGCCCUACUGCGCGAGCAGUCUUCACCAGCUCACAAAGGCGAGGGUCUUGACAUUCGACAAGACAUGCGGUCCAUUCUGGGACUCGACACAUCGGCGCCGUUUCCGUUGAUGUCAUCGCAACACCUCCAAAAAUUAACACAGGACAUCUCAAAUGAACUACCAUCCGACCGCGAGGUCAUGAAGCUGUUCAGGGCGUACAAGGAAAUACCGCAGCCCUUCUGGGGUUUUGUGAUGGAUAUCGACGACCUCGAGAGCAAGCUCAUGAUCUAUCUGGAAGAACGUUCACGGAAUGCCACCAAAGGAGUAAAGUCCACGAAACCCGUCACAGCAUCAUGGCUCGCCAUACUCUUUGCCGUGUUGGCCGUCGGAUCCCAAUACCACGAAUCUCCCUACCAUAUCCGUACGCGAGACUCGCAGCGGUUCAUCCAAAUAUCCUUCCACUUCCUCCGAUUGGGCAAUUUUCUUCUUCGACCUUCGUUCGACUCGAUCCAAGCUCUCCUUCUUACAUGUUUUGUUCUUCUCAAUGACAUGAAAGCCGAAGCGUCAUGGGCCUUGAUGGGAUUGACCUGUCGCCUGGCCCAGUCAUUGGGUCUGCACAGAACACCACGUAACGAAAGUCGCGAUUGCACGCCGCCAAACACACAAUCGAAAGAGAUGGUUAGGAGGAGGUUAUGGUGGAGUUGUGUAUGGCACGACACCUUGACGUCGCUUUCCUUUGAUCGAUCUCCAAUGACCAACUUCCCGUGCUGUCCAAUUCCCGUCAUGUCGCCGACGCCAAACGGCAAUUACUCAUACCUCGAAACGAUGUACCAUCUUAUGGAAAUUAUUUCUCGUCGCUUAAACCCCGAUGAUAUGAUGAGUUCGACAUACGCCCAAAUCAUUGAAGACUGCGAAUCAGUCGAGCAGCUUCGAAGCCGCACGACACCACAAUUACGAGCCAAAGAAAAUUGCAAGACAGCGCUCGAUCGCUUACAACACUACGCUAUUCGCCUUCAUACAUCAUUUGUCAUCUCUGUCGCGUGUCGUCCAGCGCUUCGCAAAGACAGCGAGUUUGAGCCUGAGCAGCGCAAAACGCUAGCGGAUCGCUGCAAAGACAACCUAACCGAAACCGUCCGAAUGUUUUUGGCAAUGCACCAACUCUCAGCAAUCCCCACGAGAAGCUGGGCAUUUACGUACCAUGGCCUGUCGUCGGCUUUACUACUAGGCAUACUUUGCGAAACAAAGACAGACCCAGAGGUUCGACAGUUGCAGGGUGAUUUGAUCGCUGCACUGUCUGCCACCGCCGCUAAGGACGUUAGCUCCCCGGAGCCUCAUGUCAUGACCACCGACAAGGACAUUGAGCUUUCGGGCCCACUCUACCGCGCAUUGACAGCCCUCAAAAACAUCUACGACCACGGCUCCAUUGUCCCAUCGCACCUCAAAAAGGAGGGCGACGCCUCUGCCGCUGGCAGCGGGAGCCGUACGCCUCAAUUCCCCUUUGGGAACGCUGGACAGUAUUCCGGAAACGGCAAUUCAAUGUUUCGCGUCGGCAACGUCCCCCAGAGCGCCGACCCACGUGAGGACGCUGCGCUCGCCAUGGCAGAGAUGCAAGGCGGAGGUGCAUCAAUUCAAGACUUUGCCGGACUUCCAUACAGCCAACAGAUGCAGGCCAACGCAAACCUCAACAUGGACAGCAUGAAUGCCAUGAAUGUCGAUCCUACGCAAUACAUGGCUCCCAUGGACCUUUACGAAUCAAUUUGGGGUGAAUCGCCAGACCCUUGGAACACGGGAAUGGACUCGUUGAACUUUGACUUUUUGGCCCAGCCCCCGCCAGGCCAGCCUCAGCAGCAGUUCUACUUUUAG